AUGGAUCUGGAAUGUGAAGGUAGCGAUUGUGAACAAACCUGCGACGCUGACGAAUGUAAUCUGAACUGCAGCGGGAAAAAUUGUAAAACACAGAAGUGUCGAGGUAAAGGAAAUGUAUGUGAAAUUGAUCUAGAAUGUGACGGUCAGGAUUGUGAACAAACCUGCGAGGCUAAAAAAUGUAAUCUGAAUUGCACCGGGAAAAACUGUAAAACACAGAAGUGUCUAGAUAAAGGAAAUGUAUGCGAAAUGGAUCUAGAAUGUGACGGUGAGGAUUGUGAACAAACUUGCGAGGCUAAAAAAUGUAAUCUGAAUUGCACCGGGAAAAACUGUAGAAUACAGCAGUGUCGAGAUCAUGGAAAUGUAUGCGAAAUGGAUCUAGAAUGUGACGGUCAGGAUUGUGAACAAACUUGCGAGGCUAAAAAAUGUAAUCUGAACUGUACCGGGAAAAACUGUAAAACUCAAAAGUGCCAAGGUAAAGGAGAUGUAUGUGAAAUGCAUCUAGAAUGUAACAGCCAGGAUUGUGAACAAAUCUGCGAUGCCAAAGUAUGUAACCUGACCUGCAGCGGGAGAAAAUGUAAAACACAAAGUUGCACAGAUGAAGUACAGGUGUGCAAUAUGCAUUUUAACGCUAACGUUUGUACACAGAUGUGUGACGGUCACUCCAUCACUUCAGAUUCAUACACGUCGAAUAUCGUUACAUCUAUUGGGGCUUCAACAAUUCGAGUAUUCGCAACUAAAAUUUCAACAGGACAUGGAACAGAAGCUUACAGUGAGUACAAUACCAUCUUUUUUUUAUUUAACGAAAAAGUGAUUAAGAUUCUGAAAAAGAAAAAGAAAAUAUUUUCUUUCAAAAUUCGUCGCACCUUACCAUAGCGUCAAGUUUAUUUUAACAAUUAAAUGGUCUUUAACAUUCAGCUCGAUUGCAAUCAAUGUCGCAGUCACCUUUAGCAUUAAUCUCACCGUUACCAUCACCUUCAUCACACCCACCAUCAGCAGCAAUAUUACCAGCAUGGACAUCAACAUCGACAUCAGCACUAUUGCCAUCAUCAUCAAAGCCAGUAGCAACAUCAGCAUCAGCAUCAGCAUCAGCACCAGGAUUAUUAUCAGCAGCAUCAUUGGAAGCAAUAUCAACAGCAGGGGCAUCAGAAUCUUCAUCAGCACUGUCACCAUCAUCAUCAAAGUCAAAAGCAACAUCACGAUUAUCAUCAGCAACAUCGUCGGAGGCAGCAUCAGUAGCAGCAUCAGCAUCAUCACCAUUAUUACCAUCGUCAUUUGAAACAUCGGCAGCAGGAUCAUCGUCGUCUCCGUCUCUACGGACACCUCUGUCAUCGACAUUAGAAAUUAUUAAGAGUCUGGUGAGCAAAUUAUUUCUCUCAAGCUUUUUAUUUACAACAUUGUUGCUCGCCAACUUUACUGUCUUUCUUUAUCUCAGGCAAACGAUUCUGUUUCCAAACUAAAAGGCGAAGAAAUCAGUAGAAUCAGGUCUUUGAAGGUAUGAAUUUACUACUUAUAUUUUAUGAUUAAGCCACUUAGUUUAUAUGAAAUGCACAGUGAUUAGAAAGAAUGAACAAUGCAUUGCAUCAGUUUCUAAGCUUGAAAAAACUUUGAGUUCAUUCGAACAAGAGCAAACAAGACUGUACCAUUAUCGUCAUCGUCAUCAUUAUCAUCGUCGUUAUUAUAGUUAUUAUGACAGUAUCAUCGUCACUAUCUAUAUCAUUUCUAUUUCUAAGAUAUGAACAGGCAUGAGUGAAAAAAAAGUGAUUCCCGAAAAAGAUAAUUCCGAUUUCUUGGACCAGUUUUUGGACACUUCUUUAGCACAUGCACAUCCUAUUCACCAUUUGGCCAUUUUGCUGGAUUUAUUUCUUUUACCUAUUUUUGGUCUAAUUCAUUUCUUUCUCAAUUUUUUUUCGUAAUCUAAGUAGGAGUAGACGAAAUGUGGGCCUUUCUAGCAUGCUGAAUGCGUUGCCGUUACCUCAAACUGUUUUGUUCAAAUGUUCGACCGCGAUCAAGGGUUCUGCGGCUCAAUAUUCAUAGGACACUCAAAUAUCGUGUUUGACUCACAUGGAUCCAAAUUUUUAGCAUCUUACUUUAACAGAAAUACGUUAUGUGAUUACAGGAGGCUGUAUGGAUUUUUGAAGACUUCAUCACCAGGCUCCAAAUCCUCCAAAAACCUCUUGCCGAAGCAGAAUUCAAAAUAAUAAGAAAUUCCAUCUUUAAGGUGGCAGUCGCCUUGGAGGUAUUCGCCCUUAAUUAUGGCAAACGCCAAAUGACUGGAGCGAAUUCUUCAGUGGAGAUAAACAGCCGAAAACUAGGUGAGUCAGAGCAUGAUUAUUCGUUCGGAUUUGAAAUAAUCCAUUACUUGUUUAGUGACCGACACAUUGACAGAUGACAUAACGGCUGCUUUCAUGAUUUAAUUUUUUUUUGCAUGGGACCUGUUGAUAAGUGCUGUAGCCAGAUCAAGCCGGUUCCUCCCUCCCAUAGACCAUUUAUUUUUAUCAAUCAUAGUGAUAAUGGACAAUCUUUUUGGCGAUUAGAAUGUUGAAAAGCGUUCAAACUUCACGUCUUAGAAGACUACGUAAGGAAUACAUAGCUUUCAAGCAAGUAUAAUAAUCAUAUUAGGAUUAUGACUUACUUUCGGACCAACAUAAAAAAAAAACAUUUCUUCGAAAAUGUGUGACACUUAAUUUUGUCUCUAUUUUUUUCUCCAUUAGUGUUGGCUAUACAAAAAGCCUACUGCAAAAAUGCUAGUGACUUUUACCUUGGAAAAAAAGAAGUGCAAACGAGCCUGGAAGUAUCCUCUAGAAACUUUGCCAACAACGGUUUGUAUUGACUUCAGUUUUUAAAUCUCUGAUGCACUAGGACAAAGCACAAUUUGCUCUCCAAGAUUUUUCAGUUUUGAAAUACAUCGACAAAUACAUACAAGUUUGUUUGUUGGUUUACAUAAUCUGUUUGAUUCAAAUAUCCGCAUUGGCUACUUGGAUUUCAUAUUGUCAUGUUGUAGCCUAUUUUUUUUUUACUUUUUUUAGUAUCAGUGGUUGUUGGGAUCGUGUACAAGGAUCUCCAUGAAGUAUUGAUUACAGAUCAACCCAACAGAACUAUAACGGGCACCACAAGGUGAGGUUACCUCCUAAAGUUUCUUAACCAAAUGCCCCCUCAAUCGAAAAUACACAAAAGGUUGAACCUAUAAAACCGGUCGUAAAAUUUUCAAAACCCUAUUGAGAGAUAAUUAGUCAUGUGAAUUAAUGAUUUUCCGUGUUGAUAAUGGCGGGCUCCUAGCUUGCUAUUUUCAUGAGUGAUUACUAUGCUUUAGAUUAAUCUGUUUCAUACUGAUAUUCUAUUUCCUCCUGAGGUAUUUGGACUCCGGGAUAACGGCCGUGGCUUUAGAUCCAAAUCCAGAAAAAUUACAAGAGAAUAUCAUCUUAAGGUUCAGAAAUCUGAAGGUAAGAAUAGGAUCAAAAUCAGUAUCCAUUGUUUUAUGUUGUGAUAUUUAUUCCGAGUAUAUGAUUUCAGUGUUUAUAUUCCGAGCAUAGAUUCAUGAAGGAGAGAAGAAAUGCAUGUUUUGGAGUGGCUCAAGUCAAAGGUAACAGCUGGAAUGUAUUUUUCAUCCUGUUCCAGGAGUAAUUCAUUCUUCUAAAAUUAUGAAGAAAAAUGUAAUUAUUAUUAUACUUUAAUGGGUGUUUUUCUAGGGUUAUUAUUAACCGUCAAUAAUUCCUCACUCGACUUUGAAGAAACGUUGAAACUUUCCCUACAUUAUUAAAAGGCCUUUCAAGGUCAAUCUCUUUCUUUUUAAAAUGAAGGCAUUGAUUUGGUAUAUGUUACCUUUUUUGGAAGGUUUUGUUGUUGCUAUUUUUAUUUUCUCUUUCCAUGGCUAUAUAUAUAUAUAUAUAUAUAUAUAUAUAUAUAUCCAUUGUGUAUAGAUUCCUUCCAUUUAUUAUUGUUAUAUGUUUAUUGAUUUGUUUGGUUGUAUUAUCAUGUUUGUUUGUUUCAGUGUGUUUCCAGCCUUGCUUGUUUUCUUGUUUGCUUUUUUACCUAAGUUAGGUUGUAUCAAUGUUUUACGAGUCUAUUUAAGAAUUGUGCAUAGCCUGAAUAUCAAUGUCAUCAGCAUCCAUUUUACUCAAUUUGGAAUGCUGACUAUGAUCACUCAAAGGCAAAUCCACGGGUGGCAAGGAGAAGAUGUCGACAAACGUCAAAUUCGAAAGCACUCGACGAUGUUUUAAGGCUAUGAACUCAGCGCAAGGAAGACAGAAAAUAAACCCCUCGGUGCCCUGAUGAGUUUUCGGGGUAGUUUCAAUUUAUAUUUUAAUUAUUACUAUGAUUAUGAUUAUUAUUUUGAUUAUUAUUUCAUUAUUUUCAGCUUAGGCGGAUUUUCAGAGACAGGAUGCCAUGUGGUUACAUCGAAAAGCAAUUCAGAAGAAACAGUUUGCAGCUGCAAUCAUCUGACUAAUUUUGCUGUCUUACUUGACUACAACGGUAUCCCAGGGGUAAUGAAUUGAUUUUCACCUUACCUUUAGUAUUGGUAAUAAAAUUUCAUUGGAUUAAGUAACGAAUCCGCUGAAUAUUCAUCUCUCUUCACAGCCCACUGUGGAAGACGAAACUAUUCAUGAAAUUAUCACCCACGUGGGAUUGUGCCUUUCCAUCUUCGGAAUUCUUUUGACAAUUAUUCUAUAUUCCUACCUCACGUAAGUACUGUAACCAUACUCUCAAAGAACCAAGUCUUUGCAAGACCUUGAAUGAUUUGGGGCGUAGAAGAGACAAGUUCUUUAAAAAAUAUCGAUAAAAUUCAAAAGUUUAUUGAACAAAUAAAAUAAUAACGAAUUAAGAUGAUUAAAAUGUCAUAGAGAUCAAUUAAAUUUAUCAGCGAAAGCCGGUAGGAUGUCUAAAGUAGUACAGUACAAAAUUAAUAGAAUACCUUGUCAAAUAUUGCUUCGUUUUGUUUUUGUUUCUGUCUCGUCUUUGAGUUUUUGCUUUUUCUUUUGUUUGUUUGUCGGUUUUUUUUAUUCUUGCUUGUUUCACUAGAGACGUAUGGCAACCUCUGACUCAAAUACGACUGAGCCUUUCUUUGUCCCUCGGAGCUGGACAAAUAGUCUUUCUCGCCGGCAUAAACGCUACAGAAAAUACCGUAAGUGUUGUAUAUCUAUAUAUGGUUUAUUUGCUUUUUAGGGGCCAAACAGAUUCUAUUUUAUAAUAUGAAAAAGCUACAAAAACUUUUUUUCUGUCUCGCAGGCUCUCUGUGUCCUAACAGCAGCUUUCUUGCAGUAUUUCCUGAUGGUAGCUUUCUGUUGGAUGCUGGUGGAGGAAAUUUAUUUCGUCCUAUUUGUUGUGAAAGUUUAUUACAUCGGCACCAAGAUGCAUAUGUAUCACUUCAUAUCAUGGGGUAUUGUUAUUUCACUUGUUGUAAAUUAUUGUAAGCUGCUGAAUCGAAAUCGCCUGAAAAUUGGACGUAUGACUUCUCGAGUUGCGCUAACUUCAUUCUACUUAUGUUUAGGUUUGCCCAUCAUCAUGGUUAGCAUUUCAAUGAGCAUCGCUGCUGGAAAAGAUGGAAUUGAAAGCUAUACCAGUGAAACAUAGUAUGAGAAACAGCGAAAAAUAUAACUGUAGUUUCUUCUCUCUUCUUAUUUAAAUAAUCAACAUUUCACGACCCGUUCCUGUUGUUUAGAUCUCUUCCCAGUUUUACUUUAUCACUCCAUUUGUUUUCACUUGGAAUUGCCUUGUUUUAUUAUGCUGUUGUGUUUGAUUGGUGUUGUGCUCUGAAGAUUAUUUUCUGGAAUUUAAUUUUUUUUAUAUACUCGUUUCCAGUUGCUGGCUGUCCUCGAGAAACAACCUGAUCUGGAUCUUCGUCACAUUUGUAGCUGUCAUUGAAGUUGUGAGUCUGCGUUGUUAUUAUUGUUAUUAUUAUUAUGAUAAUUGUCGGUAAUAUUAUCGUUAUUUCCUACACCAGGACUGCCUAUUAUUAAAGAUUUUUAUUAGUAAACGUUUACCGUCUUUCCAAAGAAUAUCAACUUGAAUUGAUAUUCCCUUGUGUCUUUCCAAGUUCCAUUCCUCUUGGCCUGUGUAUGAACCAAGUAAUAGGGUGGCGCAGCACACGGUUCUCUGCUGCUCAUUAUAGAGACGUCGGAGCGCGUUGGUUAGCUGAACACCAGGGUUUAAUUUUCUAUAAAGAUUCAGAAUUUUCUUUUUUCAAACGCUCGUAACAGAACGAAUGACAAUUUUUUCUGUUUUCAGCGAUACAUUUCAUAAUCCUUAUUUUUUUCAGCUCAACAUUUUGAUACUCGUCCGAAUAAUAAAGGAGAUGAGCACAUUAACACAACCCCCGGGGGAAGAGAACCAUUUACAGCAGAUACGGGAAGUUUUCAAAUUUAACAUUUAUUAGAUAAUUGUGGUAAACUAGUAAAAAUUCAGGGGGGGAGGAAAGGUAAGUAAAAACUAUUUUCUACAAAGACUUCUCGAGUAAUGAAAUCAAAUUAUUGCCGCAUUUAGUCUAGCAGUAUUUGCAUAGAUUCCACUCUCGUUCGUUUGCAACGAUGAAGCAAUACGAUUUUUUUCCCGUAACGGAAAGAAAUGGUUAAUCGAUCCUCGUGAUAUGUUGUUCUCAUUAUUCAGACUUGGCAUUAAAACAUGCGUGGUGAUGAUUCCACUGCUGGGUGUCACCUGGCUUUUUGGUCUUUUGCUAUCAUCACACAAAGCUCUCGCCUACCUUUUCACCAUUUUCGGCUCUACUCAGGUGAGCUUUUAAUAAAAGUUAGUCUAUAAUUAAAUUUUAGUCAUCUGUUCACAUACUUAAAUGCUCAAACCACUCUUUUGCCUAAAAAAGUCUCUUUUGGUCAGAUGAUAUUACCUAUUCAAAACAAUUUACCCAACAGCAGACAAUCUUUAUUGGUUUAAGAGAUAUGCGACUUGCUUUAAUUCAUUCUUUCGCCACCUUUAUCGAGGUUUCAUCUCAAACGAUCAUACCGUUAUCACCUUUCUUUCACGGAUUACAAAAAGCGUAAUACUGAUAUAAUUAUCUGUUUCAGGGAAUCCUGAUUUUCGUUCUUCAUUGUGCGCGGAACAGCCAGGUAUGAAGAAUAUCAAACUGAGGAUGUACAUAAGACGAAUUGUAAAUUUGCUAGACAUCAUUAAAGAUUUUGGCGGUUACCAUUUGAUAAUUGGUCGCUUGUUCAUCUGCAGAUUAGAGAGCAAUUAAAAAGGAAGAUGAACAUCAUUUUCCCAUCUGCUGUAGAUCAUGGAAACUCUGCGAAGAAGAGCUCUCAGGUUAAUCCAAGAGAUGCCAGCGAAGUGAGGGCAGUAGAAAUGCAGUCCUUCAAAGAAUAGCAGAAUACAGUAUUCAGUAAUCCAAUUUUAACGACUUUUAGUGAUACCGUUUUUCCAACUUUAAAAAUGAAAAAUCCACAAGGAAAAGCUCACAGGUUAAUCCAAGUGAUGUCGGUGAUGUGUGAGCAGUUGAAUAGCAGCCUUAAAAUAAGUUGGAAUUAAAAAAAAAUAGCUUAAAUAACUGGAUUCACUAGAGCGAAAAUAAGAGUCGAAUAUCUAAAAUCGUAUCAUAUAUUCAAGUCUCACUUGUUUAACACUAAUACACAUUUUACUGUAUUUCCUUUAAACCACUGUUCAUCAAUAUUUAUAACAACAUAAUAUUGGUCCACAUUUUGAGUACACAAGGUAACACUAGGCUACCUGUGAAAAUACCAAAUACGAUCGUACUUUUGUAAUAGCAGUGGUUAAUGUCAAGUUUUAAAUUUUUAAUUAAUAAAUUAAUUAAAUCAACAGAUAAAAUGAUAAAUAGUUAAAACGGAGUGAAUGAACUAUACCUUUUAGUAAUCUGUUAUAUUUGUUCUCAUGACGAGGCACUUUGUACCCUGUCGAGUCACUUUUGAUCACUUUGGAUUAAAAUUGGUGUACUGAGAAGCAAUGAAACAAACUUCCACUGUCCCACAGGGAAGAAUCCCUCUGAGUUUUGAUCAAUGCUUAGAGAAAACCAUUAUAAGGUGGAAGAGAGGAAGGGGUUUUGAAUCCAUCUUAACCGCCUUCUCUUCGCUCUCACACCCCUAACCCCAUCUCCCCAGGGGAAGAUUCUAAGAUGCCUGAGAAGUCCAACUACUCUCUUGAGUGACUGUUUAAGUUGCUCUGUUAUGUUUUUGUCUGUUUUUUGGUUUGUUUCUUUAAAUAUGAAGCCAUUGCCACAAAAUCUUCUGAAAUGUUGAAUAAUCCUUCCACUGUGUGAUUACAAGCUCGUUAGUUAUAAGAUAACGCCACUUUACGUGAGGUGCGCACGCACACGUUUGUAACGACGACCCCCCACUUCCCCCUUCUUUCGAAAGGGGAAGAGGGGGAGACCUAGAGAGACCUAGCUACGCCCACCUAUUUUGUGCUCUCUCAUUGCAUUAGCAAGAGGAUAGAUGUAAUAUCAGAGCUUUGUGACGAUUCUUUAAGGAUAUAUUACUCAAGCAAGAUAUAAGUGUAGACAUAUAUCGAGGAGCACGAAAACCUUUAAUCACCAUUGCUCUUAAUUAUUGAUGCAACGGAAUAGCGAUGAACACAGUCGUCGUUGAGCGAUACCUUUGAUAUCUCAUUUAAGGGAAAUGACCCAGAUAUACCUCUUGUUAUUCUCUCGAUAUAAUGAUAGUAUGAUAAAGAAUGGUCUGCAUACCCCAAAAAUUCCAAACUAAUGUAUCCAAAAUGAAUUAAAUAAAUUAAAAGAUGAUAUUUGAGUGUCCAUGGAGAAGUAACGGCAGGGAAACUUAAGACAGCGUUAUCAUCUAAGUUGUAGGAUCAUUUUAAAAUUAGUAAAUUAUUUCAAGUAGAAACAUAUUUGUUCCGUGGCAGUUGGAAUAUUUUAGGCACUCUAAGAACACCAAAAGUACCAUUUCAAUAGCUAAGUAAACAAGGAAUCUUAAUGGUGAGUAAGCAACUGUAAAAAUGACAUGAGCAAUUUUUUGUCGUAAUUGCUACUAAAUAGUUACUUUCUCGGGCUUGGGGAGUUCACAAUUGUUUAAUUUAAUUUGUUUUUUCUCACUGCAUGAUCGUGGAUCGCACUCUAUUUUACCGAAAGAAUUACGAAAUGAAAUAAUUUCUUUCGAUAUUAAUGGAUUAUUUUGCCAUGUUUGUUUUAAGCAGGUGCAAAGAAUUUAACCGAAGACAAGACGUCAAGAAUUCGCAUGACAUUCAAUUUCCUGCAAAAUUUAUUAGCAACAGAAGAAUGAUGUUCGCUUAAAACAACUCAUGCUAGAAAGCUCAUCCUUUUAGCAGGAGACUCGUCUUGAAAGGUUUACAAAAAGGAAUUCCCAUUUACCUGAUACUGCCAAACAGGGAAAAAGAUCAGAGUUGGGUAAACAUAAUUCUGACAGAAAAUUAACCUCACAGAGAAAAAGAAAUGUUGACGAAAUUUUGUCAGAUAUGGGGAACAGUCCUAUUAUCAAUGACUCUGUUGAGUGAGUACAAAAGUUCUUUUUAAAAUAUUAUCAAUGACUUUGUUGAGUGAGUACAAAAGUUCUUUUUAAAACUCAAAUCAUUGUUCACUAGAUUAGUGCCACAAGCUUAUUCCGAAAAUCGUGACUUCUUCAGAAUUCUCUGGCGAGACUCGAGCUUAUUGCCCUCACAACGAAAGAAAAACAAUAUCUCCCAGUAAAAUCUUAUAAACUAACACUAUUUAAGCCGUAAACCACACUUUUUCUCGGUAAACACCCCUAAUAAAUCACUUGGGACGUCAGGAGAACACAGGAAAAGUUUGUAAAUUAGGGGAUGCUAACUUUGUAGCGGCCCAAGCAAGAUCGAUUUUGCAGCGCACUGGAGAAUUUCAUUAAGGUGCUGUGAUGCAAAUGCAAAUGCAAAUGAAUUAUUUUCAGCCCACACAGGCAUUGAAUUUGAAAGUGAGGAGAAAAACCGUGAAAUACAACCGUCUGCGAUAGAUCAACCUGCGGAGCUGCACGCAACUCCUGGCAAAAAUUUUCUUGUCACUUGUUAUAUGUUCACGGCUUAUGUUAUUAUUUUCCUUCCAAAUUUUACUUUUCCAGGAUAUGCAAGACUUAACAAAUAUAUCUGUGCUUCCAAUGAAAACCCAUGUACACGGGAAUGUAUCGAGGCAACGAUAAAUUUGAUUCAGAUUACUGAAAGAAAACUGUGUUCGUGAAAUGUUAGAGGAUUUGGGUAAAAAAGGUUUUUUUCCACCAGGCGAUCAUUAUUAGUGCAGCAGCACGAGCGUUUAUCCGCCUACAAACAAAGCUAACUAAAGGGAAGUCUUUACGAGAUCAAAGCUUUUGUUCAUCGCAUUUUUUUGUUUUAAUUGCGCAAAACAUCUCUUUGCGCCUGGUCCAAAAAUUAUUUAAACUUGUAGGUGCCUGUUUGAAAGGAAAGUAAAUGUUGACUUACGUCAGCAAGAAGCGACUAAGUGUUUUAAUGUCCAUUACAUUAGCGGUUUGAAAUACAUUGACACAUCUGUAGCAAACAAGAUGCCACCAAGUCACGAACCAAAACAAGCAUACUGAUAGCUGCUAAUGGAAUCUCACGAUGAAUGAUGCGAUGAAAGGGCUUUAAUCCGGUAAACUGAUCACAGCCCUUCUUUCGCUUAGUAAAUACAAGCCUUAUUACAUCGAUUGGUUAUGUUUUGUAAAUGUAAAAUUAGUAGUAAAUGCUACGAUGAAGAAAUGUAGCGGGAAGCCAGCAGCCCCAUUCCAAGAAUAGACCUGAAAAUGAUGUGUCAAUUGGAGCUUAUUCAGCUUCUUGAUAACAAAACAGGUUUAAAUUGAGAACAAAUGAAUGAAUAAGUAAGAUAUAAUGUAAAAAUAAUGUGUCUAACUGUGUUUUUAAAUGUUAUUUUAGCUUCAAUACGAUGCAAAAUGAUUUGAAAAUAAUUAAACACAAUGAUUACAAUCAUGAAGUUUUAAAAAUAAAUUCGUCGUAUUCUGUGUUGACGGUCAGCAAAACAGUUUUUAGAACUGAUAUUUAGCGUCGGAGAAACACCAAAGCUCAGUCGCCAUUCUCUGAAGCUACCUCCACUGGAUGUCACUGGAAAAUUCGCAUAAAUCUCUUGAGCGCCAAACAUAAGUUAGUCGUUUGGAUGAAUUUGAGCUCAUUUAUAUAAUCGUGCCCUAGAGAAAAGAUUGAUUGUGAUAUACAGAAGUAUGUUUUACACAAGGAAUUUUCCCAAUGAAUACCGUUAGCUAUAAAAAUAGACGUGGUAGGUUAUUCGAUCAGUUUGUUUUUUAUUAAGUACCUUCUUCCUCUAUUUAUUUUUAGUUUUUUUCUUUCUUUAAUUUUUAAGACGGUGUUUCCUCAAGCGGACACUAACAUCUAGUAGAAAUGAAUGAGUUUCAUUCCACUUAGAAAAAGAAAAAGGAAAAAAAAAAUUAAAAUACUUUCAUUUUGCAUCGAUCCCAUAGCUACAGCAGUAUGCCACUUUCGCCGAAUUCGAUAAUUUUAUUUUUCAAUGAAAAAUAAAAAACUUCAAAACUUUAAUGAUAAACUUCGGAUUCAGUUAAGUUAAUCUUCUAGUCCAUUGGGAAAGUUUUGAAGGAAAAUUGAAUCAUAUGCAUUUCAAUUCUCAUUUCCAUUUAAAUCAUUUUUUUACUUUUUUUGGCGGAUGUCGCAUAUCUAAAAUCAAGCAAUAUUAGUACACAUAUGUAUUUCUUUUUAUCAGGUAUGCCUGUAAAACUAUCUUUCAGACACCAUCCAAAUCUGUUCCGAGAAUCGAGCAUUUUCUAGCUUACAAAUAAUUGUUUAAUUCAUAUUUUGAGCUCUGAAUGAUUGGAAGAAUGAUGGAAUGUUCCUGAAGGGUUAACUAAGGUUAAAAGAGUACAGAAAAGAAAGACUUAGAGGCGCUAUUAUUUGCAUCACUCUACGUAGGCAAGUGAAAUCUUACCCAGUUGUUUGUAGUCCUCAUCCAGUUACUGCGAGGCACAAUAGUGUACAGCAGCUACUUUAUCUGAUACAUAUUUCUAAAUUGCUACGUUUUAAAAAAAACGGGUAUAUAUGGUAUAUAUUUAUAUAUAUAGACAAAAAGAGAAAAAUGAGCGAUAUAUACAUACUCAUAAGCAGUACAGUUGUUCUUCUUCAUACUGUUUUCAACUUAAGAAAGGGCUGAGUUCCCUUAACUCUUUUGUAAGAUCAUUCUAUUCUUUUGAAAAACAGAAAAUGGCAGACUAAGCAUGCAAUGUCUUGUGGUUGACAAAGAUCCUUUUAGAAACGACUUGAUGAUAAAAGACCUAACUUACUGCGCAUGCCUUUUGUGCAAGACUUACGAUGAGCUGAUAAAAUAUUGCUUGGUUUUGGAGGCUUUCUAAACGCUGAGAACUCUCGGCUUAUUAUAAUCUCCCCACACUAUACACAGAUGAUCAAAAAAUAGGAAGAAUAGUUUGUUUGCAUAUUAAUGAGAUAUUAUGAUUUCGCCAAAGGUCGACAGAUGCUUUUAGAUAUAUAGAUAUAGAUAUAGAUAUAUAUAUAUAUAUAUAUAUAUAUAUAUAUAUAUAUAUGGACGUAGUUGUAACAUUUUAGACUCGUGCGUACAAUUCAGGUAUAAGAUUCAAUCGAAGGGAAGGGGUGGGAAUGGAGGACUUCUCGAAAUUUAUGCAAAUUGUCUCAUGGGUUUGUCAACCGUUUUCGUAUUUGGAGAAGGCUUUGGAAAUAUCGACUGAAAAACGUCUAUCACACAAAGAUAGCGACGUUUCGUGAUAACAAGGGCUCUGACUAGUUAAAUCAGUGUAUAAUUUCAUGAUGAAAAUGCAGGGUAAGAAAACCUCAGCAGCAGUUCCGACUUUUAUUUUGCCACGAAUUUUUUCCGGAUCUAUUUUAAUUCCCGUGCCAAAGAAAAAAAAAAUAGAAAAAAAAAACUAUUUAAAUACGAUCACGUUGUGAUUAAGGGGAAAAUAAGGUAAAAAAUUUUUAGUCUUUCGAAUGCUUGCAUCAAAUAUACCAAACCAUCAAGAAAGCAAUAUUAAACCAAACAUAUCAAACACGAUAUGCAAUUUCGACGGAGUUGUUCUAGAUUAUUUUUCUGAGUAAAAAUUUUUUGCAUUGAUACUGUUUCAGUUUAUUUGUUUUCCUUUUCUUCUAGAUCCUUUCCCAAACAUUUUGAAAAAACCCCAGGGGAAAUGUGAAACAGCUGGUUGAUAGCAAAAACACUUAUUAUUGGCUUCUAGGUAUAACCCCGUCAAUUUUUUAGAAAACCGUUAAUCGGCAUACUUUUUAGAGCUAUUAUGCCACUUUUUAAAAACAGUAAAUUGUUAUCAUUAUUAUUAUUAUCAUUAUAACUACAAUGUGAGUUGCAAUUAAAGAUUGCAAUGAACACAUUUGUAUAUGAAGAAUAAUAUAUAUAUAUUUUUUUCAGGAUGUAGUCAUUUGCGAGAAUUUCUUAAGCGAUAAGGUAGACGGGUUUACCAAUACCCGUUGUGUUUUAAGAUCUUCGAAGGCAUAAAAUCAAUAUGCGGAUUCAUAUCGAACGGGACCACAUUGUGAGACCAACGACUGAUCUUCGUUUGCAGAUUAGUAUCGAUAAGGGAUAGGAUGGGGUGGGGAUUUUGCAGGAUUUCAGUCGUGUUACAUAAAAAUUACCCGAUCCUCCCAAAGACUGGGAAGUAUUUCAAUAAUCCCCCCCUCAUUGGAAGUCAAUUACCUACAGUCUUCCUCUUUUUGCACCAUUAGCGAUGACUGAUCUCCAUUCUGUUACUCCUGAAAACCAUGUGUUCCCCUCUACAAAAUCCUCCUUUUCCCUCCCAGGCGAAAAAUAACGAUUUGUCUGUUUCCAUAUUCCACGUGACUGUGCUUCCCAAAGUCUGACAUCAGAGAUUCUUCAUUUUAACAUAUAUACAACGAAAACAGGGAAUACUCAUAUCUAGCAAAUCAGUCUCUAACUCUGUGGGUUUUUGAAGUUAAACGACUAAUUAAGCUUCGGUGAGCUACUAUCUCCAUUUAUUGUUCUAAGAAACGAAAAACGUCACAUAUUUUGUCAAAAACACCCUCUUGUGCAUGGCAUAUGCAGGUAAGAUCUUCCACUCCGCACUAAUUACUGAAGACCAUUAGAAAAAGCUAAAAAAAUAUAUCUAAUUACAUUAGUGUGCGUGGCAUGUGCAGGUAAGAUCUUCCGCUCUGCACUAAUUACUGAGGACCAUUAAGAGAGCUAACAAAACAUCUAAUUACAUUAGUGUUGUAGCAAGGCGACGGUCAUGCUCGUCAUUAAUUGAAGCUCAAAACUGGUCGCUGGCUAAUGAGGGUAAAAAAUAGUGAUGACGAGAAGUUGCCAGUUGUGGGGAACACUCCUGUUAUCAAUAACUAUGUUGAGUGGGUACCAAAGCUCCCUUUAAAGGGUUGAUUUCAUUCAGAAUGCAUCUUAAGCGCACUCCGAAGAGUCCAUCUCAUGGCUGCCCUUUGAAAAGUCUUCGAAAUAAAAUUGAGCGCAAACAAAGACCGCUGAAACCUAGAUUAGAACAUUCUUGGUGGCGGGUGGCCACACAGGCUUUUUUCAGGAAGCCAAAACGAAAUUGUAUUCAGUAGUCUCAUGCAAAAGUGGUAUAAAGUUGUUUAUUUGCGCAACGAAGGUCCUGUGAUACCUCUGUAUUUUUCAUAAUUAUUUCAUUUUCAUUUUCAUAGUUAGUAUUCAUAUAUUUUUGUUUCUGUUCUUGUUUUUUUGUGUCAGGUUUUGGGCUGGGCGGUGAGGAAUGCGAUGAGAGUAAAUGUCAAUCGAAAUGUAAGAAGGACGGCGAUCAUUGUGAUCCGCUCCGGAAUUGCAGCAGUGGUAAUUAUAAUUGUCUUAUGAAAUGCAAGGGAGAAGGCUGUAAACAGACGUGUGAUACUGGAGUUGAGUUGUGUGAAUUGAAUCUGGAGUGUAUAGGUAACGAUUGUGACCAAACCUGCACGGCUAACACGUGUAAACUGAACUGUAGCGGGCAAUUUUGUAAAACACAGAAGUGCCUUAAAGAAGGCGGACUUGCAUGCGAAAUGCAUUUAGAAUGUAACCAUCAGGGUUGUGAACAAAUCUGCAACGCUGAUAAAUGUAACCUAACCUGCAGCGGGGAAAAAUGUAAAACACAGAAGUGCGAAGGUGAAAGAAAUGUAUGUGAAAUGGAUCUGGAAUGUAAUGGUAGGGAUUGUGAUCAAACCUGCAAGGCUAACAGGUGUAAAAUGAACUGCAGCGGGGGAAAGUGUAAAACACAGAAGUGCGAAGGUGAAGGAAAUAUUUGUGAAAUGGAAGUAGAAUGUAACGGUAGGGAUUGUGAUCAAACCUGCGAGGCUAACAGGUGUAAAAUGAACUGCAGCGGGGAAAAGUGUAAAACGCAGAAGUGUCAAGGUAACAGAUAUUCAUGUGAAAUGGAACUAGAAUGUAACAAUAAGGAUUGUGAACAAACCUGCGACGCUGAGAGGUGUAACCUGACCUGCUACGGGAACAACUGUAAAACGCAGAAGUGUCAAGGUAAAGGAUAUGCAUGUGAAAUCGAUCUAGAAUGUAACAGUCAGGAUUGUGAACAAACGUGUGACGCUAAGAUUUGUAACCUGAACUGUAGCGGGAGCUAUUGUAAAAAACAGAAGUGCCAAGGUAAAGGAUAUGUAUGUGAAAUGGAACUAGAAUGUAAAAGUCAGAAUUGUGAACAAACCUGCGACGCUGAGAGAUGUAACCUGACCUGCAGUGGGAGGAAUUGUAAAACACAGAAGUGUCAAGGUAAAGGAUAUGCAUGCGAAAUGGAACUAGAAUGUUACGGUCAGGAUUGUGAACAGACCUGCGACGCUCAGAGAUGUAACCUGACUUGCAGCGGGAGCAGUUGUAAAACACAGAAGUGCCAAGGUAAAGGAUAUACAUGUGACAUGGAACUAGAAUGUGACAGUCAGGAUUGUGAACAAACGUGCGACGCUGAGAGAUGUAACCUGAACUGUAGCGGGAUAAAUUGUAAAAAACAACAUUGCACAGGAACAGUACAGAUGUGCAAUAUGCAUUGUAACGCUGGCGAUUGUAUACAGAUGUGUGACGGUACGUGUAAUAUCACGAGGACUUGGCCAACCAGUUCUCAUGAUAAGCUAAUGUGCUCUGGAAAUGGUCAAUGUUGCAAAAUCCUCAUGCUGCCUUCCAAGUCAUGGUCCCUCACGACGAGAAUCUUUCAGACCGUCUGCGGCCAAGAUAAAAGCUGCAUUUGCACCAAAUUUCCAAAUAGUCACAGCAUCAAUUCAAAUUUAUCCAUGUCGAAUUCCAUUACAUCUAUUGGGGCUUCAACAUUUCGAGUAUUCGCGACUAAAACUUCAACAGGACAUGGAACAGAAACUUACAGUGAGUAGAAUAGUGCAUUAAAUACUUAAAACAUUCUUUUUAAUUUUACGAAAAACUGUUUAAGAUUCUGAAAAACAAAUAGAAAAUAUUUUCUUUUAAAAUUCGUCGUGUCUUACCAUAGCAUCAGUUUUUAUUUUGACAAUAUUUUUUCUUCAAUAUUCAGCUCCGUUGCAAUCAAUGUCACAGUCACCUUUAUCAUUAGUCUUACCUUCACCACUACUAUCAUCUCCAUCACACUCACCAUCAGCAGCGGUGUUACCAGCAGGGGCAUCAGUAUAUUCAUCAGCACUAUCACCAUCAUCAUCAAAGCCAGCAGCAAGAUCAGCAUCAGUAUCAGGAUCAUCAGCAGCAGCAUCAUCGGAAGCAAUAUCAACAGCAGGGGCAUCAGCAGCAUCAUUGUUACUGUCAUCAUCAUCAGAAACAUCGGCAACAAGAUCAUCACCGUCUCCGUCUCUACGGACGCCUCUGUCAUUGACGCUGAAAGUUGUCAAGAAUCUGGUAGGAAAAAUAUUUCUCUCAAGCUUUUCAUUUACAACCUUGUUGUUCGCCAACUUUAUUCUUUCUCUACCUCAGGCGAACGAUUCUGUUUUCAAAAUAAAAGGAGACGAAAUCAGUACAAACAGGUCCUUGAUGGUAUGAAUUUACUAUUUGCUUAUCUUAUAUGACUGAGCCACUUAGUUUAUAUGAAAUGAUUUGAAAGAAUGACCAAUACAAUGCACUAGUUUCUAAGCUUGAAAAAAACUUCGAGUUCUUUUGAACAAGAUUAAAAAAGACUGUAUCAUUAUCGCCAUCGUUAUCAUUAUCAUUAUCAUUAUUAUUGUUAUCAUAACAUGAUCACCCUCACUAUCGUUAUUAUUAUCAUUUGUAAGAUACGAACUGGCAUGAGGAAAAAAAUUAAUUCCCGAAAAAGGUAAUUCCGACUCCUUGGACGAGAUUUUGGACACCUCUUUAACUUGUGCACAUCCUACACAUCAUUUUGCCAUCAUGCUGGAUGUUUUUUUUCUCAUUUUUUUCCAUAAUCUAACUAAGAAUUGACGAAAUAUGGGCCUUACAAGCAUAUUGAAUGCGUUACCGUUACCUCAAACUGUUUUGUUUAAAUGUUCGACCGCGAUCAAGGGUUCUGAGGCUUAAUACUCAUGUGACAAUAAAAUAUCUUGUUUGACUCACACGGAUCCCAAUUUUUAGCAUCUUACUUUAACGGAGAUAUGUUAUGUUAUUACAGGAGGGUAUAUGGAUUUUUGAAGACUUCAUCACUAGUAUCCAAAUCCUUCAAAAACCUCCUCUAAAAGAGGAAAUCGAAGAAAUAAGAAAUUCCAUCUUUAAGGUGGCCGUCGCCUUAGAGGUAUUCGCCGUUAAUUAUGGCAAACACCAAAUGAUCGGAGCGGGUUCUUCAGUGGAGAUAAACAGCCGAAAACUUGGUGAGUCAGGGUUUGACUUACUUGUUUAUUGACUGACACUAUGACCGAUGAAAGAAUGGCUGCUUUACUGAUUUAACUAUUUUUUUUUCAUGGGACCUGUUGAUCAGUGCUGUAGCCGGAUCGAGCUGGUUCAUCCCUCCCGUUGACCAUUUAUUUUAAUCAAUCAUAGUGAUAAUUAACAAUUUUUUUCGGCGAUUAGAAUGUUGAAAAGUGUUAAAUCUUCAGGUUUUCGAUGUCUUAAUGAUCUAUAGAAUAUUGCACAUUUUAGAGGAUGAUGUGGAGAACACAUAGCUCUCAAGCAAGUAUAAUUAUCAUAUUAUGAUUACGACUUACUUUCGAACCAACACGAAAAAUAUUUCUUCGAAAAUGUGUUACUCUUAAUUUCAUCUCUAUUGUUUCUUCUCCAUCAGUGUUGGCUAUACAAAAAACCUACCGCAAAAAUGCUAGUGACUUUUCUCUUGAGAAACAAGACCUGCAAACGAGCCUGAAGGUUUCCUCUAAAAACUUUGCCAACAACGGUUUGUAUUGACUUCAGUUUUUAAAUCUUCGAUGUGCUACGAGAAAUCACAAUUUUUUUAUUCCCCUCCAAUUUUUUUCAGUUUUUAAAUACAUCUUCAAACACAUACAAGUUUGUGUGUUGGUUUACAUAAUGCGUUUGAUUCAGACAUCCGCAUUGGCAACUUAGAUUUCAUAUUUCCAUGUUGUAACCUUAUUCUUUCUUUUUUGUACUUUUUUAGUAUCAGUGGUUGUUGGGAUCGUGUACAAGGAUCUCCAUGAAGUAUUGAUUACAGAUCAACCCUUCGGAACUAUAACGGGCACCACAUGGUGAGGUUACCUCCCAAAGCUUCUUAACCAAAUGCCUCUUCCAUCGAAAAUACACAAAAUAGAAACUCGAGGGGUUAGAGCUAUGAGUUAUUAAUUUUUCAAAGCCAUAUUGAGAGAUAGUUAGUCAUGUGAAUCAAUGAUCUUUCCGUGUUUGAUAAAUUAGCCUUUAAGUAAGUUUGUAAAGGCUCCUAGCUUGCUAUUUUCAUUAAAAUAAUUACUAUGCUUUAAAUAAAUCUGUUUCAUACUGAUAUUUAUUUCCUCCGAAGGUAUUUGGACUCUGAGAUAACGGCCGUGGCUUUAGAUCCAAAACCAGAAAAAUUACAAGAGAAUGUCAUCCUAAAUUUCAGAGAUCUGAAGGUAAGAACACAAUCAAAAUCAGAAUCAAUAGUUUUACGUUGUGAUAUUUAUGCCGAGUAAAUGAUUUUAAUGUUUAUAUUCCGAGUACAGAUUGAUGAAGGAAAGAAGAAAUGCAUGUCUUGGAGUGACUUAAGGGAAAGGUAACAGCUGGAAUAUACAUUUCAUCCCGUUCCAGGAGUGAUUGAUUCUUCAUUCUCAAAUUAUAAAGAAAAAUGAAAUGAAUAUUAUACUUAAAUGAGUGUUUUUCUAGGUUAAUUAUUAGCCGUCAAUCAUUCCCCACUCGAUUUUGACGAGACUUUGAAAAUUUCCCUACGUUCUAAAUAGGGCCUUUCAAGGUUAAUCUGUUUGUUCUUUAAAUGAAAGCAUUGAUUUGUUGAAUGUUACUUUUUUUGGACGAGGUUUUGUUGUUGCUGUUUUUUUCUUCUGUGUUCAUAGCUAUAUCUAUAUAUCCAUUGCUUACAGACUCCUUCUAUUUAUUUUAAUUAUAUGUUCAUUGAUUUGUUUCUUUGUCUUAUUGUGGUUGUUGUUUCUUUGUUUGUAGGGUGUACUUUUUUAAGAGUCUAUUUAAGAAUUGUGUCAAGCCUGAUUAUCAGUAUCAUCAGUAUACCAUUUUCCUUAGUUUUCAAGUGCUGACAGUGAUCACUCAAAGGCAAAUCCAUGAGUGGCAGGGAGAAGAUGUCGACAAACGCCAAUUUCGAAAGUACUCAACGAUGUUUAGAGGUUAUGACCUCGGUGAAAGUCAGACAGAAGUUAAACCUAUCGGUGCCCUGAUGAGUUUUCGUUGUAAUUUCCAUUUUUCUUUUGAUCAUUAUUAUUAGUAGUAUUUAUUAUUUAAACAAUUUUCAGGUCAGGCGGAUUUUCAGAGACAGGAUGCCACGUGGUUACUUCGAAAAGCAACUCAGAAGAAACAGUUUGCAGCUGCAAUCAUUUGACUCAUUUUGCUGUCUUACUUGACUACAAUGGUAGCCCAGGGGUAAUGAAUUGAUUUUCGCCUUACCUUUAGCACUGGUAUAAAACUUUAUUGGUUUAAGUAACAUGUUUGCUGUCUCUUAAUCUCUCUUCACAGCUCACAGAGGAAGACGAAACUAUUCUGGAAAUUAUCACCUAUGUGGGAUUGAGCCCCUCCAUCUUCGCGAUUCUUUUGACAAUUAUUCUAUAUUCCUACCUCACGUUAGUACUGUAGCCAUACGCUCAAAGAACUAGGUCUUUGCAUGACCCUAAAGGCUUUAGGGCUUUCAACAGACGAGUUCUUAAAAAAAUAUAUCGAUGAAAAUAAAAAGUAUGUUGAACAAAUGAAAUAAUGGCAAUUAUAGCAGAAUAGCAAUGAUUAAAAUGGAAUAGAGAUUAAUUAAAUUUAUGAGCGAAAGCGGGUAACACGUCUAAACUACUACAGUUCAAAAUUAAUAGAAUACCUUGUUAAAUAUUGCUUCGUUUUGUUUUUGUUUUUGUUUCGUCUUUAAGUUUUUGUUUUUUUUUCUGUUUGUUUGUUAGUUUUCUUUAUUUCUCGUUUGUUUCACUAGAGACGUAUGGCAACCUCUGACUCAAAUACGACUGAGUCUUUCUGUGGCCCUCGGAGCUGGACAAAUAAUAUUUCUCGCCGGCAUAAACGCUACAGAAAAUACAGUAAGUGUGGUAUUUAUCUGUUUAUGGUUUGUUUGCUUUUUAGGGGCUUAAAAGAUUCUUCAGAAAAUCAUUUUCAUGUUAGUAACAUGAAAAACCGAGAAAAACUUAUUUUUCUCUCUCGCAGGCUCUCUGUGUCCUAACUGCAGCUUUCUUGCAGUACUUCUUGAUGGCAGCUUUCUGUUGGAUGCUGGUGGAGGGAAUUUAUUUUUUCCUGUUUGUUGUGAAAGUUUAUAACAUCGACACCAAGAUGAAUAUGUAUCACUUCAUAUCAUGGGGUAUUUUUAUUUCGCUUGUUGUAAAUUAUUGUAAGCUGCUGAAUCGGAAUCGCCUCAAAAUCGGACGUAUGACUUCUCGAGUUGCACUAACUCCAUUCUACUUAUGUUUAGGCUUGCCCAUCAUCAUGGUUAGCAUUUCAGUGAGCAUCGCUGCUGGAAAAGAUGGAAUUAAAAGCUAUACCAGUGAAAAAUAGUAUGAGAAAAAGUCAAUAAUACAACUGCAGUUCCUUCUCUCUUCUUCCUCUUUCCUCUCUCUCUCUCUCCCUCUCUCUUUCUCUCUUUUCAUUUAAAUAAUCAGCAUUUCAGGACACAUUGCCGCUGUUAAGAUCUCUUCCCCGUUUUCCUUUAUCACUCCACUUGUUUUCACUUGGAGUUGUCUUUUUUAUUGUGUUUUUGUGUUUGAUUUGUGUCGUGCUGCAAAUAUUAUUUUAUGUAAAUGUAUCUUUUUAUAUGCUCGUUUCCAGUUGCUGGUUGUCCUCAACAAAUAACCUGAUCUGGAUCUUCAUCACAUUUGUAGCUUUCAUUGAACUUGUGAGUCUUAUUGAUUGACACCUCAUUAAUAUUGUUAUUAUUGUUAUUAUUAUUAUCGUCAGUAAUAUUAUUGUUAUUUCCUAUCUAUAUCAGGACUUUCUAUUAUUAGAGAUUUUCAUAACUAAAUAUGUACCGUCUUUCAAGAGAAUGCCUACUCCAAUUGCCAUUCCCUCGCGUAUUUCCAACUUCUAUUCCUCUUGGCCUACGUAUGAACCAACUAAUAGCGUGGUGCAGCACAGGGUUCUCUGCUGCCUAUUAUAGAGACGUCGGAGCGCGUUGGCUAGCUAAAUACAGAGGGUUUAAUUUUUUAUGAAGAUUCAGACUUUUCUUUUUUCAAACGCUCGCAACAAGACGAACGACAAUUUUUCUGUUGUCGGUGAUUUUAUAUUCCUUGCUUUUUUUUCAGCUCAACAUUUUGAUACUCGUCAGAGUAAUAAAGGAGAUGAGGACAUUAAUCCAACCCAUGGGGGAAGACAACCAUACUCAGCAGAUACGGGAAGUUUUUAAAUUUAACAUUUAGUAGAUAAUUGUGAUAAACUAGUUAAAAUUCAGGGGGCAAAGUUAGAUAAUAACAAGUUUUUACAAGGACUCCUCAGGUGAUGUGAUCAAAUAGUUGCCGCAUUUAGUUAAGCAGUAUUUGUACAGAUUCCACUCUAGUUAGUCUGCGACGAUGAAGCAAUACGACUUUGAAAAAAAAUUCAUUCGCGUGAUUGAAAGAAACAGUUUAUCGAUGCUCAUCAUAUAUUGUUGCCAUUAUUCAGA